AUGGCAGCAAGGCGGCUUACUACUGCCACUGAGGCAUUACUACUGGUGUUACGCUCUACCAGAGCAUCCUACCUCCAACACCCUUUGCAAGCCUGCUUUCAGCCAGUGAGGACUUUGAUGACUACAAGGCUAGCACAAAUACAGGCAUCGAUACCAUCAUCCGCACAAUCUACUACUACUGCCACCACCACUGCCAUAAUACCGUAUAAUGUACCACUUCCUAUAUCUGAUGGCAUCAAUCCAUCACCCAUCACUACCUGGACGGGAAAGAAUCAACGAAGAACUGGUCUCAUCGGAAUCAAAAUGGGAAUGACCCAGAUAUGGGAUGAAUGGGGCCAACAGACCCCCGUCACUGUCAUCAAAAUCAUAGACUGCCAAGUCGUCCAAAGCAGAUUCGAUCCACAAUGUGAACGACACUUUGUACAAGUUGGAGCUGUAAACCAUCCACGCCUUUACAAACUGACAAAGCCCGAACUAUACCAUUUCAGGCGGCAUACUGUGCCUCCCAAAAGACGUAUAGUAGAGUUUAGAGUGUCGCCAGAUGCUUGUUUGCCUUCAGGAACUACAUUGACUUGUGCUCAUUUCGUGCCCGGACAAUAUAUUGAUUGCUCUGGUCCUUCGCUGGGUAAAGGAUAUCAAGGUGUCAUGAAACGAUGGGGAUUUAAAGGAAUGGGUGCAUCGCAUGGUGUCUCGUUGGCCCAUCGAUCUGGUGGUUCUACCGGUAAUCGAACAGAUCCAGCCAAAGUAUGGAAGGGAAAGAAGAUGGCUGGAAGAAUGGGUGGUGAACAAAUAACUGUGCAGAAUCUUCAUGUCGUAAAGAUUGAUCUGGUAUACAACCUGGUUUAUGUAAAAGGCGCUGUCCCCGGCCCCGAUGGUGGAUAUAUUCAAUUACAGGACGCCAUUCGUAAACUAGCACAAGGAAAAGUGUUUCCUCCUGGUGCUGUUGUGCCAUUCCCUACAUUCACUGGCUCGUUUGCUGGAAUGCCUAGAGAAAUCGCUGCUCCACCCGGAUCGGAUGGACGUGGAACUAGAGAUCCAUUCGAGAAGCCUCGCCGUGAGCGGGAAUAG